UUUAUUAUCUAUGUAUGGUUUUUUAUGAAGCGUAAAUUGACUUGAUGAUACCUAUUUGACAUGGGACUUCUCCAUCCAAGUUUUGCAAAAUUAUUAAUAUUUUCUAUUUACUCUUUGUUUUACAUUUAUUACGAGUGUAUUUUUAACAAAUAAUACAACAGCAGUGUUCAUUUAUGUGCUAGUGAUCAAAUAACACGUUGAUAAUUUUGUGAUUAUGUUCAAGCUUGUUUUCUAAUUUGGUAGUUCUUUUCAUCUGAGUUGCAAAUUAUAAUAGGGCUCAAGCAAAAAUUUUAAAUCGACGUGUGUGUAAACAUAUAAAUUUAUCCCAUAGUUCAGUACGACAAACUUUUUUAGUGAUUGGGAAUGCACUAGGUUGUUUGGAAAAAUAAUGCCAUGUACGCUCCAGAUAAUAGAAGAAAGGAUGCUAGAGAUGUUAUUUACCGCAGCAACUCAAGUCUUGACUUGAUAUACGCUGAGCAUCCGUCUGGGAAUGGCUUGCGACGAGAGUACGGAAGUCAUGGUUCAAUUGACGUAAUUGGAGGCGCAAACGAGCGGUUACCCGCUAUGGUACACAGCUACAGCGGCGUGUCGGCACCGGACAAGACACCAGGACUGAGCCGCGCCGUCGAAAGGAUCACUGAUGGCAUCACAGCUGACCAUGCAGAUGGCCCACCAUCCAGAUCAAGUGCCAGUCCUAAGCCUCGAUUGAAACUAAAUAAGCUUUGGGGUGGAACAGCACCUGUGUUAAGCCGUCCACCCCUAGAAGACGGAAGUCUCUCAUCUGUAGCAGAGAGUAACAAAAGAAAACAGUUUGCCCACUAUGAUUGUCAGUCACUGUUGGCUAACUUAAGUUAUGCAGCAGAAAUUCGUGGGGCACUGCUGAGCAGGCGGCGCAACACCACAACAGGAGCGUCUGCAGCAUCAUUACUGGCAACUCGUGGACUGCCUCCAGGAGAGGAUGCAGUGCCAGACACGGGAGAUGGAAGGUCUAAUGAAUUGUUAGAAAGUUGUCCAUUCUUCAGAAAUGAACUGGGAGGUGAAGAAGAACGCUGUGUGUCUUUAUGUUGGAAGACUGCCCGCGGUGCUCUACUUGGCCAGUCCGGAGGCUGGCACCGUCCACGCGCUGCUUAUGGGAUUUCUAUGCUGGAGUUUCCUCCAGGACACACGCACUGGCGUCAUGGCUGUCCAUUUGCCAGAUCACUUUCACCAUUUCCUAUUGAGAGCCAAGACCUGGGUGCCUUAUACUAUAGGAACUAUUUCUACAAUCAGCCUCAUCAGAAUUGGUUUGGAAUGGACGAGAACCUCGGACCCGUUGCCAUAUCGAUAAAGAAAGAGCGGGUUGAGCUACGUCGCGGCGGCGGGGAUGUAUCCGCACCCGCGUCGCAGCUCGCCUGGCAGUACCGCCUCAUCGUGCGCACUUCCGAACUCCUCACGCUACGAGGCUCCGUGCUAGAAGACGCGCUGCCCACAGCCAAGCCAAGCAACAACAGUGCCACCUACAACACUAAGGAUGUGUUGGAGUACGUCGCGCCAGAGUUACAAGUGGGCUGCUUAAGGCUUGGUAUCAGUAAUGGAGGGGCUGAAGAACAACUCUUAAGAUUAGACGAACAAUGUGUAACCAGACACUACAAAGUUGGGGUUAUGUACUGCAAGAGUGGUCAGUCGACAGAAGAAGAAAUGUAUAACAACCAAGAAGCUGGACCAGCUUUUGUAGAAUUUCUGAAGAUGUUAGGCCAAACAGUUAGAUUAAAAGACUUUGAUAAAUAUAAGGCUGGGCUAGAUAACAGGACUGACUCCACUGGACUAUAUUCAGUGUUUACCACGUACCAGGGCUGUGACAUUAUGUUUCAUGUGUCAACUAUGUUGCCGUACACGCCGAAUAACCGACAACAGUUAUUGAGGAAACGUCACAUCGGCAACGAUAUAGUAACCAUUGUCUUCCAAGAACCUGGUGCUGCCCCGUUCACACCGCGGAAUAUACGUUCGCAGUUCCAACAUGUUUUUGUUGUAGUUAGAGCUAUAGAUCCAUGUACAGAGAAUACGCAUUAUAGUAUAGCUGUGAGUCGUGCUAAAGAAGUGCCUUUAUUCGGACCUCCGAUCAAAGAUGGUGCGAUAUACCCUAAGGGCGAAGCGUUCACUGACUUAUUACUAAGUAAAGUUAUAAACGGCGAGAAUGCUGCAAUUCAAUCACCAAAGUUUAGUACAAUGGCGACGCGCACGCGACAAGAGUACCUGAAAGAUUUAGCCAAGAAUUAUGUGACAGCUACCACUGUUGAAACUGGACAGAAGUUCUCAAUAUUCUCAUCGCUACUUAUGAAAAGCGGCAGCAAUUCUGCGAACAGCACUUUGAUUACGCGAGUGGACAACUGCACCAACGACGUGUUAGUCGGAGGAGCUCUAUGUUUUCAUGUUCAAGUACAAGAUGAAGGUGCGGGCGGUUCCCUGCUCGACUGCAUAAUGGGCGUGUCAGCUGACACCGUGGUGUUCGUCGAGGACAGCACGCGACAAAUUGUACUCGUCCUACCCACUAACUCGUUACUAGGAUGGGUGGUGAGCGGCGGCUGGACACGAGUGUACUACCACCGCGGCGAGAGCGUCCGGCUACGUGGCGGCUCCGACGUGCUGCUGCGACGCCUCGCCAGCGUGGCGCCGCCGCACGCGCACGCGCUGCACGAGCUCACGCUCGAGCGCGGCGCCAACCCGCAGCUCGGGUUCCACGUGCAGCCGGACGGGCUGGUGACGCUGGUGGAGAGCUCGGGCUGCGCGGCGCGGGCGGGCAUCAAGCGCGGCGCGCGGCUGCUGGAGGUGUGCCGCGCCGCCGUCGUCGCGUUACACCACGACCAGCUCGUCGAUCUGCUCAAGACCUCCGAUCCGGUUACGGUGACGGUAACAUUCGCGUCGAGCUCCAAGUGCCAGUGCGAGGCGGGGCUGGAGGAGUGGGCUCCGCUCGCCCGCGCGGACGCGCAGCAGCCGGGCCGUCCGCGCCGCGCCUACGAGCGCGGACACUCGCCGCCGCGGUCCGAUAGCUCAGGAUAUGGCACAGGUGGUUCAUGUCGGUCGGGUCGUCGGUCGCCGCAGACGUCUCCUGCGCCGGAGGCAGCAUUACGCCGCCGCUCGCACGAUGACGCCGCGUCGCCGCGACACGCGAGGCACAAGCGUGCCUCUGCUAAUACAUCUUCGCUUACUGAGGACCUCAUCCGCAUGAUGGACGCGGAACUUGGCGAAGGGAGGUCUUCAGCGAGUGGGACGGGGAGCGGAGGCCCGGCGGGCGGGGCGGGGGGCGCGGCGCCGCUGCCGCUGCCCGACGCCGCCGCACUGGACUGGGCGGCGCUAGUGCAUACUGCUACCCGAGCUAUGCUGCAGAUAUGUGAAGAGCACCAGUAUCCUUCGAUGGACAACACCGAUCCCUCAUUAGAAACUUUAGCGAACGAAACCACCAACGAUUCCUGGAAUGACGUAUCUGUCGUAUCGGAAACAGUCCCCGCUACGUUAACAACCAGCGUUUCUACGACAUCACCGACCGGGACCAACGUGGCCAACAGCACAGCGAGUUCGGCGAGCGCGGCCAACUGCGCGUGCGGGCUCGCGUCACGCGUCGCCGCGCUGGAGACCGACGCCGCCGCCUCGCAGCGACACAGGCAUCAGCUCGAAGAAGAGGUGCGUCGGCUGCGGCGACACAACGCACGUUUGCGCGAGGAGUCGGCGCGGGCGGUGUGGCAGCUGCGGCAUUUCACGCAGUGGCUCAAGCGAACCGUCGACAGGCAGUGACCCACCAUACAUACGAACCCCGAACUUCACGCAUCAACAGUCGUUCCCAAUAUUGUAUCUAUCUAGCUGUUGUUUUGCUUACUGAAGAUAGGAGUUUGAUAUAACUUUUAUUGGAGUUAAUGUCAAAAUUAUAUCUCUAGUAAACUAAAUAACAGAUAGGUAUUGGGAAUGGCAGUAACUUCAGCUUCUUUCAACUUAGUGUGGAUUUCUGUAACAUGUCCAUCCGUUGUUUUGCAGUUAUAGAUUGAAAUAGGAUCUCUAAUCGCAAAUCAUUGUAUAGGUAGGUAAUAGAAAUCUACAAUUAGCCAUUCGAAACUAACGAUUUUGUAAGAGAAGCCAUUCGUUCAGAUAAAGGAUGUACCUGUAUGCAAAAUCAUACUCUUUCAAAAGUGAGUAUAAUGUGGAUGGAGCUAAAUAAGUGAUCUUAGACCCUCUAGCCUAACAUGAACAUGUUACAAUUUGACACGAGCAAUAGUUUAAACAGCUCAUAAACCUAUUAUGUAAGAAACAUGUGAUGAAAGUAUUAAAAUGAUUAUAUUUAAUUGGAUUUAAAGCAAAAUUCUGAUAUCUGAGAUUUGUAGAAGUAUUCGAAAAAACUAUUAAAAUAACUCAUAGAUUCUGCAAAUGAAAAGAAACCUGCAACUGAUUUUAACUCUUAUUUACUAGACUCUAGACAAUGUUGUUUGUUGAACAUUUUGAAUAUAAAAAAAAUAUAUUCUUUUGUUCCUAUCUUCAAUUGUAUCAAAAGUUUAUAAGAUCUUGUACUGCGUCAAUUAUACACACCGCGAUAACAGUAAAUAUUUUGAAAUGGACUUUCCAGUUACGAUAAUUACAAUUCUGUACUAUAACUAUAUAAUUUGUCAAUUGCAGGUUUAUCUUAUCAUCAGACUCAUAAAUUGUACUGGAUUUAAAGUGUUAUCAUAACCUUAUCAAGUAUCCAAAUCUAUUUAAACCGAAUCAAUAAAUUAUUAUGACCUAUAUGAAAAUCACAUCUUUAGCUUUGGAUUUAUGGUAGUGUUGUAGACUUACGAUUGUUAAAGAAAUUGAAAAAAAAAAAAACAAAGUUCAAUUAUAAAAUAAUUCUUAUGAAAUAUGCCUAUAAUAACUAAAUAGUAUAACAAUGACAAUGUUAUAACAUGCGCUGUCUUAUGAAUUUCGUGCCUUUUCUGUGCUUCUUGUGAAGCGUUUGUUUUGGCGUAAUUUUUACGUAUAUGUUGGUACUAGUAUAUAUUCGUAGAUUAAUUUGUUAUUACCUAUAUAUUAUGCUAUUAAUGGUUGACGUUAUUGUCUCAAUAAAAUUGACGUAUUUAGAUACGAUUGUUAUAAGUCUCGUUUUAGUAUAACUAUCUGAAAAAAUCAGACGGUUAUCAAAACGUGUUAAGGGUAAUAUAUAUUAUUUAUUAUGUGUUUAUCGAAUACUAUAUUGAUACUACGUAGGCUUUAAUUUAUUUAUCAAUUACAGUUAUCUAGAUUACUGUUUCGAGAUUACGGUUAGUUAUUAUGAGAACAGAAGUUGUAAGUGAACACCAAUUAGGAUAAGACUAUAUGAUCAAUCAAAUAAAUAGUGCGCCUAAUACGUAUAAGUCGAGGCGAUGUUUGCCCUUUGGUAAUUACGCCAAGGAUUAAAGUAUAACGAGCCACUAUCACAUUGGAUUAUGAUUGAUCUUGUGACGUAAGUUUAUAUAAUUGUUUAGCAAGUAAUCUUAAUUGUAAACAGACUUGAAACCUGCCAAAUAUUAAUACAAUAAGAGAAAAAAUGCGUUAGCACAAAUAGUACUCGUUUAAAAAAUAAUUAAACAUAAUGCAUAGAUUGUUUACUCAAGUUGAACAUAGUUCAUAGUAAAUACAUGACAUGAAAUUGUUAUAACUCUGUUUGUGGUAACUUAUUUAACUUUUUUGCAGCUAUAUACUCAAGCGUAUAUGUAAUCCCGACGUUAAUUAACACACAGACAUGCAAAUGGGUAAAAUCAGAUAGUUUUAAAUAAUGUUUGUCUUCGUUGUACUUUGUUUGUGUAAAUAUGAGUCUCAUUAAUUAGAUGUAAUCACCAACAAAGCUUUAUUAGUUUAGAUAAUCGUAGGCGUUAAUUUUAUUAAGAACGGGAGAGACUUAAUAGAAUAUUGUGAGCCUUUAUUCCCUUAUUAUUUUGGUAAAUUACGUAUUGUAUCUCUCGAUAGAAUGGUUUGGCCGCUACUGAUGUACAGUGUUAAUCACCAGUGGAGUUACCUUCUACCAUGUGUAUGCUACUAAUUCAGAAAUAGCAUUGCCUUAUCCAUGUGUGUACUAGAAUUAUAACAAAGGAUACAUAAAAGAAAUGUUGGUGCACUUGUAUUAGUCUUCCGCUUAUUAUCGAUCACAAUAAUACCUGUUAUGGUUACAAUCUGAAUUUAUAUUGUGUAACAAACACAAAUUGUUGUCAUAUGUUAACAAUCUGCAUCGUUUACAUGAAAAUAUCAAGCAUAUAUCUUAACUUAAAUAUUAAACGCUUGGCGAAAUCUUACGUUAUGGACAGAGAAGUCGUUACUGAUAAACAAAAAUCGUUGAUUAUUAGUCCUGGUUUGAGCAUAUAAUAUAUCGCUAUCAGGUGCGCAGUAGAUUUUAUUGGAUUAAAAUUUUCUAUUGCGUAGCUAAUCGGCUAAUUAGCAACUCGCAGUUUUAGGUCGGACAUACUGAUUUUGGUAUUAUUCAUGAAACACUUACUAAUAAUAUAAAAGUUCGCUUAACAUUAUUUCUAUAUGUUACUGCGUUCCAUCUUAGGUACUUACUGGAUUAAUACGCUAUACAAAGUUUAUAAACUUGUCAAAUACUCUUCGUCAAUUAUUCAUAUUCCUGGCUGUAUUUUAGUCUGUGGUUCAACGUAGUUACAUAUUUGAGUUUUGAUACUACUUUUUUGUACGUACACAUAGCCCGUAACGUAUUAUAAUAUUAACGUUUUAUAUAAGACAGACGAUAAAGCUAUAAUUAGUAACUGGUAUCAGGGAAAGCAAAGUUUACUGUUGUAUCAACUUUCAGAUUGCAAUUAACUACAUGAUAAUAUUUACUGAUUGUGCUGCUAUGAUACCAUUUACUAAAGCUAUACAAUAUGUACCUAUGUAGGUAAACAGUGUUCGAAGUAUGGAUUUUAUAUAAGUUUUUCCCACCACUCAUGUUUAAGGUAUAACUAAGUUAUUAUUUCUUUAGGCCUCUCGUAGAGAAUUGCACAGAUUUUUACAAAAUGAUGCUGUUGAAGAAUUCUACAUUAUAAAAUUACAAUAUUUCCUAAGUGAUUCAUAAAUAUUUUUUGACACUUCGUUAAACAAUUAAUUUCAAUUUUACAAAAUCUAAGCAAUUCUCUAUGUUAAGAUGCUAAAUAAUUAUUUUAAAUAAGUAUGUAACCAAAGCGAUUACAUUUAACCUCCAUUUUUUUGAAAUUUGGAUUGUUUCCUCGUAACAGCUUAAAGGUUCAAUUGUUUAGAGAUAUAAUUUCCCUUAGAUAAUUUGUACGUAUUCUAAAGGACAUUCCAAUAAAACUUAUAUACCA